GAAUGGCCUCCGGAUGACUUUAGUGAAAACCCUUGUAAGUUAAAAGAAACAACGCAGAGGCUGUGUGGCUUUGCUUCGUUUAUCCGCCAAACAGCCUUUGUUCUGUUCUCAAAACAAAUGAAAGCAUGUCUUUCUUCAAAACCUUGGCCACCAAUCCAACCGUGUUCGGCUCCAGAGAGGUCACCAUGGCCGUCAUGCAACCUUCCUCCUAUAGGGUUUUGUCACGAAGAACAUGUCCAUCUUUUAGGAAUUCUACUUCUCUGAGAUUAAUUUAUUUCGGUGGCAGCUCUUCUGCCUUCUCUAUUUUAAAUUUUACACACUAUUCCACAUAUCCCAGUGACGAAUCUUUCCCGUCUUCUAAACGACGGUCUCGAGGACCUGUUAUGGCGGCAAAGAAAGCUGCAGAAGGCGAAAAGGAAGGAGGAGGAAAGUACAAGCACACAGUUAAUUUGCCGAAGACGACAUUUGGUAUGAGGGCAAAUGCUUCGGUUAGGGAGCCUGAAAUUCAGAAAAUAUGGGAUGAAAGCCAGGUGUUCAAGAGAAUUGCUGAUAGAAAUGAUGGGGGGAAUUUUGUUCUCCACGACGGCCCUCCCUAUGCCAAUGGUGAUCUACAUAUGGGUCAUGCUCUUAAUAAGAUAUUGAAGGAUAUAAUUAACCGUUACAAGCUACUGCAAAACUAUAAAGUUUGUUAUGUGCCUGGUUGGGAUUGUCAUGGCCUGCCUAUUGAGUUGAAAGUUUUGCAGUCACUGGAUGAAAAUGCCAGAAAGGAUCUCACACCAUUGAAGUUGAGAAAAAAGGCAGCCCAAUUUGCCAAACAAACUGUGAAAACUCAGAUGGCUUCAUUUAAGCGUUAUGGAAUAUGGGCAGAGUGGGAUAAUCCUUACCUAACUCUAGACCCAGAAUACGAAGCAGCCCAGAUUGAAGUGUUUGGCCAGAUGGCUUUUCAAGGAUACAUCUUUAGAGGUAGGAAACCGGUUCACUGGAGUCCGUCAUCCCGCACUGCUCUGGCAGAAGCUGAAUUGGAGUAUCCUGAGGGGCAUGUUUCAAGAAGCAUAUAUGCCAUUUUCAGAUUAGUGAGUGCACCUCCAACUUCAGGAAACGUAUUGAAGGAAUUCUUUCCAGAUUUGUGCUUGGCCAUAUGGACCACAACUCCCUGGACUGUUCCUGCAAAUGCUGCUGUUGCAGUGAAUGCCAAGCUUCCAUAUGCUGUAGUUGAAGUGCAUUCGUCCAUGGAAGCUGAUUCUAUAUCUGCUGGAAAUAAUAAACGAAGAUUUGGAAAGGUAUUGAAUGAAGUGAAGAAGCCUUUUCUUAUUGUAGCAGCUGAUCUUGUACCAACAUUAGAAGCAAAAUGGGGUGUAAAGCUUGUUGUCAAGACAAUACUGUCAGGUUCAGAUCUUGAAAACUGCAGGUAUGUUCAUCCCAUAGAUGGCAAGGAAUGCCCAGUUGUCAUCGGAGGAGAUUAUAUCACCACAGAAUCCGGAACUGGAUUGGUGCAUACAGCUCCAGGUCAUGGCCAGGAGGAUUAUGUGACUGGCCUUAAAUAUGGGCUGCCUAUACUUUCCCCAGUUGAUGAUGACGGAAAGUUUACCGAAGAAGCUGGACAAUUUAGUGGACUUGACGUGCUUGGGGAUGGUAAUAUAGCUGUUGCAAAAUACUUGGACGAGAAUUUGGCCAUUAUCAUGGAAGAAUCAUAUUCGCACAAGUAUCCAUAUGAUUGGCGAACAAAGAAGCCAACCAUAUUUAGGGCAACUGAGCAAUGGUUUGCAUCAGUGGAAGGAUUUCGCCAGGCUGCUAUUGAUGCAAUUGGCCAUGUAAAAUGGAUUCCGCCUCAGGCAGAGAACAGAAUUUAUGCAAUGACUUCUAGCCGCUCUGACUGGUGCAUAUCGAGACAAAGGACAUGGGGUGUCCCUAUUCCAGUGUUUUAUCAUGUGAAGUCCAGGGAGCCUCUCAUGAACAAGGAGACUAUUGAUCAUAUCAAGGCUAUAAUAGCCCAGAAGGGUAGUGAUGCAUGGUGGUACAUGGCAUUGGAGGACCUUCUGCCUGAAAAGUAUCGUGACAUAGCAUCAGAGUACGAAAAGGGAAUGGACACAAUGGAUGUCUGGUUUGACUCUGGCUCUUCAUGGGCUGCUGUGUUGGGGAAAAGAAACGGCCUUAGUUAUCCAGCAGACUUGUAUCUUGAAGGUACAGAUCAGCACCGUGGGUGGUUCCAAAGCUCCUUGCUAACAAGUAUUGCUACAAAUGGAAAGGCUCCAUAUUCCAGUGUUGUAACACAUGGAUUUGUAUUGGAUGAAAAGGGUUCUAAGAUGAGUAAAUCUUUGGGCAAUGUUGUCGAUCCACGUACUGUGAUUGAAGGGGUGGGAAACUCAAAGGAAGAACCUGGGUAUGGAGCUGAUGUCCUCCGACUUUGGGUUUCUAGUGUAGACUACACGGGCGAUGUUAUGAUCGGUCCUCAAGUCCUUCGACAAAUGUCUGACAUGUAUAGGAAGCUUCGAGGAACUUUGAGAUAUCUUCUAGGAAAUCUGCAUGAUUGGAAAGUUGACUAUGCUGUUCCGUUUAACAAUCUUCCUGCCAUUGAUCAGCAUGCCCUGUUUCAGCUUGAAAAUGUUGUAAGGAACAUUAGAGAGAGUUAUGAAAACUAUCAGUUUUUCAAAAUAUUCCAGAUCAUACAACGUUUUGUUAUUGUUGAUCUAUCAAAUUUCUAUAUUGAUGUUGCCAAAGAUCGACUUUAUGUUGGGGGCAUGACGAGCUUUACAAGGAGAAGUUGUCAAACAGUUCUUGUUGAACAUCUUGUUUCCAUCACAAGGGUAAUGGCACCUAUACUACCCCAUUUGGCUGAGGAUGUAUGGCAAAACCUUCCCUUUGAGUAUACUGAUGAAGAUGGUUUGACUGCCAAGUUUGUUUUUGAAUCCAAGUGGCCCGUCUUGAAUGAAGAACGGCUUGCUUUUCCUCUUGAAGAAGUUGAAUUCUGGGGAAAAAUUCUUGAGUUGAGAACUGAGGUUAACAAAGUUCUGGAGAUUGCUCGUAUUGGGAAGUCAAUUGGUUCCAGUUUAGAGGCAAAAGUCUAUCUACGUACCUCUGACACCAGCAUGGCUUCUAGGUUAUGUAAAAUGGGUGCUGCAGACAAUGAUGCCGAUAGAUUGCACAACAUAUUCAUCACAUCUCAGGUGGAGGUACUUCCACAUGGAGAGAAUGAGAUAAUUCAAAAUGUUCUACACUCUGGGGAGUUUCUAAUUCAAGGGAAGCACAAAGUUUGGAUUGGUGUAUCCCAUGCAGAGGGCUUGAAAUGUGAAAGAUGUUGGCAGUACUCAACUAAAGUUGGUUCUUUCUCAGAGCACCCCACAUUAUGUGGACGCUGCUAUGAUGUCGUUGCUGCUCAACCAGCUCCGGUUGUAGCAGCAGUCAGUUGAGACGCGCACAACUGCAAGGAUUGCCCAAGCCAGGCGGAGUCAGUUUCUUGACUUUGUGGUGCAACAACUUUACUGGUUUAUUGCUCAUCAGGCCUAUUUUUGGAGACAGACGGUAUAUUCUUCUAGCAAGAUUACCAAAUUGCCAUGCCAAUAAAUAUUUUCUAAUAAAUUCUUCUGUCUAUUAUUUUUGCAAAAUUAAUUGUGAAAUUGAUUAAUAUUAUUUAGGGGCUUUGUUUUUUUUGAAAUAGAGUGGAGGGAUUCGAAUCACCAUUCUUAUUGCUUCAAUUAGUGGCUCAAGUAUAAUAUUAAGGAGGGGCUUUGGAAGUUUUAAGACCACAGUUGCAUUUGAAAGUUUUGUAUUGUAUAAGACCUUCGCAGGGUUUCCCA